GGGAGCCGCUACGUGCCCCUCGUGCGCCUUCCCGCAGCUCUCCGCGCGCCUUCCUCGGCGGCCUGCCGCUCGACGAGCCCGAGGAACUCGACGACACUCUGCGACGGGCAGCGCGGCGCUCGCCGCUCGCACGUGACCCGGGGACCAAUCGGCGCGGCGGAAGCCCCAGGAACCGAGGAAGACGAGGGGCAAGGAUGACCGAGAAAACGUUCAACCUGACCUGGAACAACCACCUGGCGAACCUCUCGGGCCUCUUCGAGGGCCUCUACAAGAGCGGCUCCUUGACGGACACCACCCUGGCAUGUCAGGGCGGCAUGCUCAGGGCGCACAGGCUGGUGCUCGCGGCUUGCAGCCCUUACUUCGAGAGGGUCUUCAAGGAACAUUACGGCGAGCAGCCCAUCCUCAUACUUAAGGGGGUCGCCGUGGAGGAGAUGGAGUGCCUCCUGGACUUCAUGUACCGGGGCUCGAUAGACGUCGCGGAGGAGCACCUUCCGUCCCUGAUCAAGACCGCGACCGACCUGGAGAUCAGGGGGCUCUCCGGGGAGCACAGGAACGAGGCGAACCACCUGCACUCCAGGGUGGAGUCCAGGAUGCAGAGGUGCCUGAUCGAGACCAGAGUGCACACCACCGAGUUCGGCAGGAAGGACUCGGCCGAGGCGGGCUUCCUGGCGAAGCAGGCCUGCGCGGAGUCGGCCCUCGAUCGGAUCAAGGUAGAGGAGAUCGAAGUCGAGGACGACCCGAUGGUGAUCGAGGAUCACGACGACAGUUUCGAGCCACCGCCGAACUUGUCGACCAGUAACGAGCAGAUAAGACGCAUCCCGCCGCCGAUGUUCAAACGGGAGACGAGAUUCCGAGGGCAGAAGCGAGUCUGCGUGGGCCGGGGGAAGAGCGGCAGCCUGGAGGCGAACUCGAAGGACCCCUUGUCGCCGAGGGAGGACUCGCUCCGGGAGGAGGACUGCUUCGAGGAGAACUCCCUGGGCCACGCCAAGUCGGAGUCCAUGUUCGGCAACGGGUGCUCGGACCCCACGGUGCCUAGCGUGCACCUCAACGAGGACCUCUACGACCAGGACAGGGAGCACGUGGAUUCCCCGAGCUGCGGGUCACCGGACGAGUCCUCCAAGUCCCCCGCGUCCAAGAGGAAGCUGGACGGCGGGAAAAAGAACGGGAGCGGCAACGGCGGCGACGCGAAGGAGGCCAGGCAGUUCUCCAAGAGCGAAAAGGCCCAGUACAAGCCGUUCUCCUGCGACCUCUGCACCCUGGCGUUCACCAGGGCGUCUCACCUGGCGAGACACAGGCGCGUCCACACGGGGGAGAGGCCGUUCGCCUGCAGUCUCUGCCCCCGCAUGUUCGCCAGGCAAGACAAGCUGAAGCAGCAUCUGGACUCCCACCUCCAGUGGCCCAAGCGGAAGACCCUCGACAGUUUGAGCAUCGGGCACUCGGUGGCGACCUUGUCCGGCAAGGGGAAACGAGGCCGACCGCGGAAGGUGCCCCUGGAGCCAUCGGCGAUGGAGGAGAUCCUGAAGUUCGGGGAGUUCAGCUCGCUGCUCGACAAGUCCCAGUCGGCGAGCAAGGAGGAGAAGACCAGUCCCGCGGAGACCGAGGCGGAGCCCGAGGAGGAGGACACCGGGGACAAGGACCAGGACAGUUGUGGCUGCCAGGUAGAGAACGGUCGGGAUAUCGUCUAAGUCCAAGCGAGAGAAU